UGUGCUGCAAAGGUUAGGAAAGCAGACAAACAUCUUGGCGGGCAUAGGUAAAAACCAGAUGGCAAACUCCCUGUAUCUUCAUCACCUAGGGUCAAGACCACCCCCUCACACAGCCCCCCGCCCCCAGGCGUAGGGAUCCCUGUUUUGGCUGACUUGGGUAUCUCUUAGUUUGCGUGAAGACAUAAGCCUGUCGACCACCCCUCCCCCUUUUAAGUUUGCCAAUUGGAAAUCAUGAGGAAGACCAGGACCCCGCACUUCCCCACCCCGCCCUGCCGUUUUGGAGCCAUUCUGAGGAGUCUCCCCUCUGUGGGUGCCUGAGUGCUUCUUCAGUUUUAACAAAGGUUGCUGCCUACGCCAGACAUCCUUCCUGCCUUUUAGUUCCUUAAUUGGCUGAGAAAACUAACCUAGUCAAGACCCCUUCACUUGUCCUGAACUGCAUUUACCAAGAAAAUCACAACACGGGCUGUGGACGAAUGAAAUGACCGAAUUUCCUCCAAAAGGGGCGAUAUAGGAGACCCCCUGUAGCCUCUGCCCACUCUCUCAUGUUCUAAGAGAAAACCAGGAUAGAAGAAAAACGCGUAAGAAGGCCCUCACCGGCGAAAGGCAAACAUUGGCUUGACCCUUCGCUAUGGAAGUUAACUGACAACAGGAAGGAAGCUAUUAACCCUGCUCUUCUCCUCCUCUUGCCCUGGUGACAGCCAACAACUCCUCCUACCAGGCUAAGACCUUGGAGCAAAAAAAUGCAAAGGAGCGCCUGGUUGCCUCGACUCUGCGCGUUUCUCCCAGUGGAGGAAGAGGGAAGAGAGGAGGGCGCAGCCUGAAGCCAAGUUCAGCCAGUUUGUGACUCGAGCCUGAACGUCCAAAAGGGACUGCCAGGACUCCAGCAUCUUCCCGGUGGCCGCGCAAGGCAGGCACCCCUGUGACAACUUGAUUCUCCCCAUCUCGCCCCAAGUUUGAGUGCGGCCCGCAGGUGGUGCAAACGCCCCAGCUCUCCGGCGCCCCCUGCUGGUGAGAGGGAAGGCGGCCGCGGUCGCGGAGCCUUUCCGCACAGCGCAGGGAGAGAGCUCGGGCGCCGAGAAGAAGCCGCGAGCUUCCCCGAUGGUGCCGCCGCCUCCUCCGUGCCGGGGAGGAGCAGCCAAGGGGCAGCUGGGCAGGAGCCUGGGGCCGCUGCUGCUACUCCUGGCACUGGGACACACGUGGACCUACCGAGAAGAGCCAGAGGACCGCGACAGAGAAGUGUGUUCGGAAAACAAGAUCGCCACGACCAAAUACCCGUGUCUGAAGUCUUCGGGCGAGCUCACCACGUGCUUCAGGAAAAAAUGCUGCAAAGGAUAUAAAUUUGUUCUUGGACAGUGUAUUCCAGAAGACUAUGACAUUUGUGCCCAGGCUCCCUGUGAACAGCAAUGCACAGAUAACUUCGGCCGAGUGCUGUGCACUUGUUACCCAGGAUACCGCUAUGACCGUGAGAGACACCAAAAGCGGGAGAAGCCGUACUGCCUGGAUAUUGACGAAUGUGCCAGCAGCAACACCACUCUGUGUAUGCACAUCUGUAUCAACACCAUGGGCAGCUACCACUGUGAGUGCCGGGAGGGCUAUAUCCUUGAGGACGACGGGAAGACCUGCACCAGGGGAGACAAAUACCCCAACGACACUGGACACGAGGAGAAGGCCGAGGCCGAGGCGAAAGCUGGGACCUGCUGCGCCACAUGCAAGGAGUUCUCCCAGAUGAAGCAGACAGUGCUGCAGCUGAAGCAGAAGAUUGCUUUGCUUCCCAACAAUGCUGCUGAGCUGGGCAAGUAUGUCAAUGGUGACAAGGUGCUGGCCUCAAACACCUACCUUCCGGGACCUCCUGGCCUGCCUGGGGGGCAGGGUCCACCCGGCUCACCGGGACCCAAGGGGAGUCCUGGAUUCCCUGGUAUGCCAGGCCCUCCUGGACAGCCUGGCCCACGGGGCUCAAUGGGACCUAUGGGACCAUCCCCUGACCUGUCUCACAUUAAGCAAGGCCGGAGGGGUCCUGUGGGCCCACCAGGAGCACCGGGAAGACAUGGCUCCAAGGGGGAGAGAGGAGCACCUGGGCCCCCGGGGUCUCCGGGACCCCCGGGUUCUUUCGACUUCCUGUUACUUGUGCUGGCUGACAUCCGAAAUGACAUUGCCGAGCUGCAGGAGAAGGUGUUCGGGCACCGGACUCACUCUUCGGCAGAGGAUGUUCCCCUACCUCAGGAAUUCUCCAGCUACCCGGAGACUCUGGACUUUGGAUCUGGGGAUGACUAUUCCAGAAGAACUGAAGCAAGAGACUCUGAGGCCCCCAGAAACUUUUAUCCGUAGCACAUUCCAUGUCUUCAUGCCACCAGAAGAGAAGUUUCUCCUGGUCAUAGCAUCUGAAAGAAAAAAAAAUACCACUGGAGGCCUAAAGCCUUUGUCUGUACCGCCUUCCUGUCCUCUCUCCACUCUGCUUCCAAAUCCUGUUCUCCAAGUGUCCUUCACAUCCCACUAGCAACAGGAGGACGUGACAGGCUAACUUGCUGGUCUUGAGAAGCCACUGUUGUCAUCGGGGUUUCCUUGACAUCCUGGUUUUCCAGGAACUUUUGAGUUCCUAAGUGAACUGCUCCCACAGAAUCUUAAACUUUGAGAGAAUGCCAAAAGGGAGGAAUGGCAAAGUGGGCUCUCAGAAGUAUAAGGCUCAUUCUGAAAAGAAAAUUAUGUUUAAAAUGCUUGACUAUUUGCCCUAUACUGUCAGGGCAAACUCUUCAGUUAAAGGGGGUAGAAGGAGUACAAUGUAAAUUGGUGUUGGUGUUGGAAAAUGGCUUUUCCUUAGCAACAUCACAGAUUUCAAAUUCUGCAUCCUAUUUUCCAGCCUUGAUAUAUGUGCCCUGGCCCUGACGGGGUGACCAGAGGUGCCAUCUGUCCCUGAUCUUGGCUGAAUCAAGACUGGAGGGAGUUGCUGACCUGGAAUUGGCAAAGGGUGACGGGGGGGGGGGGGCAUUGAGAAAGGGCUUCACUAAGGCUAGAUCACCAGAGAGAUUAAUCCGCUCUUAAGACAUUUUGGAGUCCAUAUCCAUAGCCAGCCAAGCUAGCAAGUGCGCUGGGAAUAAUGCACAGCAGAGAGGUCUCUGACACAGAGAAGGGGAAGAAGCUUUCUUCUAAUCUGGCAUAGUUUGCCACUGUUUUCCCCUGAUUUAGUUAAAAGCCCUGUUCUAGGUCUCCUUGACUUUUUCUCCAGGUCCAGGUGGAGAUGGCUUGGAAGAAAGCACGUUCUCCAAUGUCUCCAUGAGUCCUUUCUUAGAGCACUUCUAGAUCCCCAGAGGAAUCAUUGUCCCACAAAGAACGAGAGACAAGGUUCCUUCGUGGUGUCUGUGGGAUCUCUUGAGCUUCUCAAGGGAACGUGCUCACAUGGUGGUCUACACCAGGGUCUCUGUUUGCUAUCGUGCAGUAUCCUCUUGUAUUUCUAAGAGGUUUCCUUUUAGCUUUUCCCCAUAUCCUUACAGCCCCCAUCAUCUCCCAACCCCUACUGUGACAUCUUGUUGGAAGAAAACUGCUCUUGGGUUUGCAUGACCCUGCACUAUCCAUUCUUCCUAAGCAAUGAGAAGGGAUUCUGUCUACAGAGCUCAGGUCACCCAAUGAUCUUUCGCUUCCUCUCCCUUUCCUUUGCCCCUUCUCUCCUUCCUGCCCUCUAUCCUUUUCCCUGCCCCCUCUCUCUUUCCUCUCCCUCUCUUUGUCCCUCCCUCCCUUCCUCUCCCAGUCCCUUUAUUUCUCUGGCUUUCUUCCCCCCUCCAUCCCUGCUUGCCCACUGGCCUUCUCCUGUUAAAAAGGCAGUGGGAGCACUCCAUGAUGCUAAAAACCAAGUGGCUGCCCACCAGCAUGUCAUGGUAAAAGGCAAACACACAAUUGUACUGCUUGCUUUCUGUCUCUUCCUCCUUCCCCCUCAGUCUCUUCAGGGCCUGAGCAUCACCACAGAUGGCCUUGCCAACCAUGGCUUCCUGAAGAGAUGGAUGUUCCUGAAGAGAUGGAUGCAACCACAGUCAAGCCCCACCUGGAAUCGAUUGAAUGCUUGCCUGCUUAUAGAACCCAGAGUUUCAAGGGUGUGGAUGGAUGAAGUCUCAAAACUAUGCAAGGCUCUGUGAGCAAUGAGUAUGUCCAUCUUUUUUAUGAGGAAUUUUAUAAGCUCUGCUUUUUCUAGACAGUGAAAUGUGUGUAGAAACAUAAUCUUUAUUACCAAAUGAUGGUAAAAUACAAGCACACUCCAUGCCUGGCCAGAGGCCAGGAUACUAAAAGAAUGGAGCGAAAGUCAUAAUAUGUGGGAUUCAUGAGUCUAUUCUAGAUAAUCAUCUCCAGUAAAACAUACAAUAGCCUGUAUUUUGUAACCUCAAUCUGCUGGAACAGGUCACUUUAGGUAAUCAUUACUCCUCAGAUUUUAAAAACUUGGACUAGUAACUAACUAUAAGACCAAAGUGUAUCCUCUACUUGUCCAAAUUAUGGUUUGUUUGGGUUUUUGGUUUUGUUUUAUUUGGUUUGUUGUUGGUUUCUUUUUUUUUUUUUGGUGAUAAAGCAUUAUCGCCCGUGUAUCUUUUAGUUGAGGAUAGAAAAAAAAUCAAAGCUUUACUAUCUAAACAAACUUCUGCUCAAAAUCCCCUGGGAAAGCCUUUCGAAGGAAGUACAGUUCAAAACAGAUUUACUGAGUCACCUCAUAUCUCAUGGCAAAAGUGUUUCUUUUUAAUACUUCCCCCAACCCUGCAGUAGGAUUGUUCAACUUUUCUAGUAUCCCCACAAAUAAGACUUGGCAGUAAAUUGCCUCUGAGUUUAUAAAGCAAUGAGAAUAAAAACUCACUGAACAAAUGAAGAAAUCCAUUUUAGUUCAGAAAAACUACUCUCCCUUCCCAGUUCCAGGGGGGAAAAUAAUUAGGUUUCCUGUACCAAACAAAGUAUUAGGAGCCAGAGACAGUGGUAUAUGCCUGUAAUUCCAGCACCUGAGAAGUAGAAAUAGGCAGGUCAGGAGUUCAAGGUCAACCUCAGCUACAUAGCAAGUUUGAGGCCAGCCUGGACUACAUAAGAGCCUAUAUCAAAAUAAUACUAAUAAUGAUGAUGACAACGAUGAUAAAUAAUAAUAGUAAUGAGAAGGGACUGGAGAGAUGACUUAGCAGUUAAUGAUGCUUGCUCCUCUUCCAGAGGGCCAGAGCUCAGUUUCCAGCUCCUGCAUCAGGCAGCUCACAAACUCCUCUAACCCGAGUUCCGGGUGACCUGAUAACCUCUUCUGGCUUCUGUGGCACCUGCACUCACAUGCACAUAUGUACACAUAGAUACACAUGCACACACUUAAAAAUAAAGUCUUUUUUAAAAGGAGUAGGUACAAAGAGGAUGCUGCCUUUUCUUGCUAUCUAUAUUACUCUCCAAUACUUGCUACAGAAUUAACUAGAGUCAUAUCGCAAUGUAGAGUCCAUUGUCCAACAGGUAAAUAAUAAAAGCCCAUUGACCUUACAGGGAAAGAAGGAGUAUUAUCUCACCCAAAGACCAGGUGCAGAGCACCCAGGUAGGUCCAGAUAGGUCAUGUUUUCUUCCCAAAGUUCUGGACAACCUUGUCUUGAGGUUGUCACUAUCAGGAAUGUUGGGACAGAUCUUAUUCAUGGCCAGGCAUCAUACUUUAUCUUGGGGGUCUCAGGAAGCAACUCUCCACCUUAUUUUGAGUAUCAGUUCCCUCUUCUUCCCUUAUCCAGGCUGCCUAACAGAGACAGCCUCAGCAGCCAUUUCCUUGCAAGCAAAAUUAUCUGCCAGGCAACCUUUCUGAAGGGGAAAGUCAUUUGCUGGAAUCUGAGCCAAACAAUUCGUAGAAAGGAGCCUUCUAAAGUUAUUGGUCAUGUAUGCAGGGAAAGAGAUGUAUUGUUUCCUGACACGGCAAUCGUGUAUGUCUUACAACAUAUCACAAAUAACUUUCUAGUCAGAUAAAAGAACAAGGGCUCUAAUUGUUAAAGCUGAAGUGAUGUGCUUUAUACCACUCCUCCUACAAAUGUUGCCAUCAGAGAGAAAUCAUGGAAAGGACGUUUGGGCACCAUAUCCCUCAGGGAUCUAAGCAUGUUUUGUCAGAUUCCCAGAGCUUGAUCCCUGAGGGGGACAGGGGGCGGUUCAUGAGUCUGUUUUUAUUUACCGGUAAUUGGCCAUAUACUUCAGUAUCUCUAUGCAUUAUUUAUAUCAGAUCAUAUAACAGUCAAACUAAUAUUCCAACAGUCAUGGAUGUAAUACUAUGAAGUACUUUGUAUGACUGUAUAUGCUUAAUAACAAAGUUAUUUUUCUUAAA